AUGCAACCACUCGUACCAAUACUUUUCUUCGCCAACCUACUCGGGCUCUCCUCAGCAUGCUCACAAUACCGGAUCGAUUACGCUGCCAACAACCAAACUUGCGAAAAAGACGCCGGCAAAUGGCGUAACCUUUGCAGCGAUCUCGCGUACCAAUAUCUCCAGUGGACCAAAGUCAAUGGGGGACGACUCGGUCACGACAUAAGACCCGUUACAUAUUGUAACACUUGCGAUAUGCAAGACCCAAGAUGUUACUGUAGCGUCAGCUUCAUGCGUCUUCGGGAAUGGAUGGGAACGACGAUCCCGACUAUCCCAGAUCCGAAUUGGCAUGUUGACAAGUCUCAUCGUCAACACAAAAUCUCGCGUUUGAGGCCUCAUUGUGACUAG